AUGGCCAAGUGUCAAAGAAACGACGUUGGAUCUGUAGUUUUUGACCGAGUCUCCACUUCCACUGCCGCCGCCGGCCAUUUCCGUCUCUGUACUUCCUUCUCCACUGCUUCAUUCCGUAGGAAAUUUUUUGAUGCUGUAAGUUGUGGUGGAAGUUCACGCUAUCGCUAUCACCACGACGGCGAUGGUACCGUUUCCUCGGCGAUUAGGUCGAUGUCCGAGAUUGUGAAGGAACAGGAGGAAGUGAGACCGAAACGGUCCAAUGCCAAGUCGGAGAAGCUAUUCGAUCUUCUUAGACUGGAGUCGUCGCCGGAAUCGGAGCCGGAGUCAAAGAAGAAGGAGGAGGUGCUGGAAGAGUUCAAAUGCGUAGUGAAAAAAUUGCAGGAUGAAAAUUUGGCGGAGAGGAGAACGGCUGCAAGUCGAGUAAGGUUGCUUGCAAAAGAGGAUGCAGAAGCGAGAGGAAUGCUUGCAAUGCUGGGAGCCAUUCCGCCGCUAGUUGAAAUGCUUGAUUUGGAAGACGAUGAAUCUAAGAUCGCCUCGCUCUAUGCAUUGCUCAAUCUUGGAAUCGGAAACGAUUUGAACAAGGCGGCCAUUGUUAAAGCGGGUACUGUACACAAAAUGCUUAAGCUGAUCGAAUCUGAUAAUUCCCCAAAUCCAUCUGUUUCAGAAGCCAUUGUUGCGAAUUUCCUCGGGUUGAGUGCAUUAGAUACCAACAAACUGGUAAUUGGGUCAUCGGGUGCAAUUCCAUUCUUGGUAAAGAACUUACACGACCCAGAUCAUAAAAGUAGUUCGCAAGUCAAGCAAGACGCUCUACGUGCGCUUUAUAACGUCUCUAUUUUUCCGUCCAAUGUUCCAUUUAUCUUAGAAACUAAGUUGAUCCCAUUUCUUCUAAACGCGUUGGGAGACAUGGAAGUAAGUGAAAGAGCCCUCUCAGUUCUAAGCAAUGUGGUAUCAACCCCAGAAGGUCGAAAGGCCAUAAGCACUUUCCCUAAUUCAUUUCCAAUACUCAUUGAUGUCUUGAAUUGGGCUGAUUCUCCUGGCAGUCAAGAGAAAGCAUCCUACAUUUUGAUGGUUAUGGCGCACAAAUCUUACCGUGAUAAACAGGCAAUGAUUGAAGCUGGGAUUUCAUCAGCUUUGUUGGAACUAACUCUUUUGGGCAGUACAUUGGCUCAGAAGAGGGCCUCUAGGAUUUUGGAGUGUUUGAGGGUUGAUAAAGGAAAACACAUCCCUGAUCAUUUUGGGGGAAAUUCUUCUGCUCCAAUUUGUGGUUCUUCUUCAUCUUCUUUUACUAAUCCAAUUCUAGGUUCUGCUGAAGGUUUGGAAGGAUUGGAUGAUUUGGUGAGUGAAGAGAAGAAGGCUGUGAAGCAAUUGGUGCGGCAGAGUUUGCAAAACAACAUGAGGAGAAUUGUGAAGAGAGCCAAUUUGCCUCAGGAUUUUGUGCCUUCUGAUCAUUUCAAGUCGCUCACGUCAAGCUCCACUUCGAAGAGCUUGCCAUUUUGAAUGCUCAACUACAGGGAGUCGUGGUGUUAUUGAAGAUUCUCAAUUCUUUGGAUCUCUAAAACUGCAAUGGAUAGACUUUACUUCUUGCAAUUAACCGCAUCAACGUGGGUUUGUCUUCUUCUGCUCUGUUUAUAUUUGAAUAUAUGGUUAUAUUAUAACUUUUAAGUAUGUAAAGUUUAGGGUUGUAUUGAUUUAGCUUCUCAUUUUAAAGGGUUUGAAUAGGUAUCUGAGCUAAACUCUCCAUUUUAUUUCUGGUUGACUAGAGAGUGAACAUGAUGUUGACUUAAAAGAUUAGGGUAGGUGAAAUCUAUAGUAUAUUAUUGAAUAAUUUGUUCUAUUCAACACUAGAAUACAAAUUUUUUGUUCAAUUUUA